CAGACCCACUUCUUCAAAUCCCCGGUGUCACCCACCAUUCGGCAGCCAUGGACCUGAAAAACAUGCUCCAUUCAGGCAAGCAGCCACUGACUCUCAGCAGCAUUGUCAGCCUCAUUGACAAUGCCGACACCGCGUAUAAGCUGGAUCAAAUCACAGACGCGACAUUCACUAUUCCACCUGAUCCAGAGCAGUGCUGCCAUUACUUUGACCAAUUCCUUCAACUUCUUGCUUCAUUCGAUUACCAGAAUCCUUCUGAUCUGGAGGCUCACUAUACCACGUCGGCUCUUGUCGCUUCAUUGCGUGCCUGCGUUAAUGAUAUCUUGGUAUCCAAUGGACUCAUGUGGUUAUUAUCGUUUCCACCCCAAAUUUCAGAUAAAACCUGGUCAAAGUUACGCACCAGUCCCACUAUCCUGGUCUACGUCUACGGCCUCAUACUCGCCAUGGGCUCCCAACAACAAGUAUCUCCAGCGCUCUGGGUCAAUGUCAUGUCCCACUUCGUCAAAGCCGCCACUCCAUACGUCAAUACUCACCUCUGGCUGAGCGUCUAUACCCGGAAAUCGGCUGAACAAGAGUUUUUGGUGAUGUUCCUGGAUUGUGUAGAAUCGCAUUACAGAGCGAGCAAUGGACAUAUGGAAGAAGCUUGGAUCACCAUGCUCAGUAUUCUGGAGCGAGGCAUGGCAUCUGUACUUCAGUCAACUGUCAAUCAGUAUUUGGGCAAUGUCUCUGUCCACCCUUUCAGUGAUCAAGACCUUAUUCUGGGAAAAAUUGCGUUUGAUCGAUAUUUGGAGAAGCGGAAGAAAGCCAGCCCACAUUUGCUCAAGUUGGCUAUGGAAUAUGAGAGGAAGAGGCAGGAAAAUAUAGACACCGAUACGCAUAUGGCGGGAAAUGAUUUGCCUCCUUCUAUGUUCAAACGCAACCCUCUCAUCACCCAUAAACUCAUGGACCCACCACCAACAAGUGAAGCUGAGCGUACCAACUUACUCGAAAAACCUAUGGCGCAAUGGAGCUAUCAACUACAAACGUUUUCUUUCAAGCAAUUCGACUUUCACUUGCGUCAAAUCAUCGAGAAACAUUAUCCAAAUGACCGCAAGACGGUACUCGACCUUUUGUUGAUUGAAUGGAUCCAGAGGGAUGAGAUGGAGGAUUACUUAGAAACCAUCCUCUCGUAUAUUAUUGCCUGUUUGAAAGAACAACGAUACGAUAAGCGAGCCAGUCCCUUUUGGGCAGUCCUCCAUUUGUACUCACAAUCUGACAGCUUCCAAGAUGAGUCACGGCCACUGUAUGGAGAAAUCUCUGGUGCACAAGUCGACAGUGGAAGAGACGAAGUCUUAGGCGAUGAUCGUCGGCACAGGACAUGCGACCGAAUUCUUCAACUGCUCACCGAGGCAAAUGUCAACAAUUUACUUACCCCGUGGAUCAAUGACAUUUUGCAAGUCGCUUCAUCGCGCGUGCUGGCAAAGUACCUCGAAUGGAUGGCCCAAAAAAUCGGUUCGGCUCCAUUAGGUACUGACGACCAUACCGGCUGGUAUAAACAGAACAAGUACUAUAGGCAAUUGAAUGAAGUUUUUAAAGGCGAGCAUAUUAAGCACAAGGCCGACAGUGUGAUUCCAACCUUGAUGCGCACCCAGCCCAUGAUAUUUCUUGAUCUAGUCGAAUCCAGAGCCUACCUCAAUGCUAUGCUGAAAGCGUAUUUUUCCAAACCCCCUGAGAUGGCUAUAGAGUUGCUGGUCAACGAUCUUCUCCAAUCGCAUCCCAAAGAAUUCAUGCUUCAAUUAUUCAAUGUGUUGGGAGCUCAAAGCAAAGCUAGCUCGCAAUGGUUUUCCAAUCACUUCCUGGGGCCCAUCCUAUGCUAUGAAACAGACACAGUACAAAAGCAACGGCCCUGUCAAGGAAUACUUCAAACCAUUAUGGCCGACAGCCACUUCUUUCCAUUCCUAUUCUUCAGGAUUUUUGAUCCUUCCUCUGCUAAGGGAUUGUACAUGAUCGAUACACCUAUACGCGAUACGUCACUUCAACUUUUGAAACGCCAUGACAUUCUCAAACCCCAAAUGUGCGGACUGUUACGACUGUUUGAGGAAAUCGUUCGCUUACAGGACCCAAUACGGCAGCACACGGUUUUAGAGCUGUGGAAGGAAGCUUGGAGAGCUGAAUUAUUGGAGUCGAAGCCUAAAUGGCUUCUUUGCUGCUUGCUUUUCUUUGGACAUGCUUCUGCGGCGGUCAAGCAGGCUAUUGAUGGCUUUUUAUCCCAUCACAUCCAUGCUCUUCUCACCCACCCGUCUGAAAACGCUGAUGUCCCGCACUUCAUCGUUCAAGCCACAGAUCUCGCGCUAUUGUCCGAGAUAGAGGAUCCCGAAGAUGUGUUUACGUUAUUAAUUUCUCAUCUGCUCAACUCACCCGACCCGCAGUUUAUAUAUGACACUGUGUACGUCCGCCAAGUACUGUUUCAAGCUGUCAUCAUCCUAUCAGAAACAGUGGAUGAAAUAGAACUACUGAUGGAGCAGGAAAGACCGACAGCACCGACUAGUACUGCCAUGGAGGAGUCAGAAAUCGCACAACCACCACGAAAAAAAGCUAGGAAAGAAAUGAAGAAAGCUCGCAUGAAGAAACGUCGAGUGGGCAUUCCAGUGAACCUGCCUUCCGAUCCAUCCACCACCACCGACCUCCAUUCUUUAUGCCUGUACUCCCAGCGCCUUGUAUCUAUUUUUUUGACCAUGCUGACAAGCGAAGGCGUACGGCUGAUGACUCCCACCCUCCGUCACUUCGUGACCGAGUACUGGGGGCAAAGCAAAGAUAUCUACGCACCGCUUGUUUUUCUCAUCACCUUGCCUUCCCACAUGAAAGGCGACCGUCACAUACCUGGCAACAAUCGCAUGGCCGAGGAAAGCCGCAAAAUCAUCUCUAUUCUUCGGCGAUCAGGACUAUCCGAUAUAGAAAACAUCAUUACCACUGUAGCAGCUCACCAUCACAUCAAAUUGUAAAUUACCCAUCCACCAGUGUUGUUGGAUGCCUCCUUGUCAUUUUUCAAAAUUGGUUUCUCUCUUAUAGAAUUGUAGCAUAACCCUAAUCAGGAGGUUGUUUUUUUUUUUUU